AUGGUGUGGACACUUGGCAAGCCAGCUCAGGAUUAUAACUACAUUUGGGCGCAGUGCAUGGAGAUUACGGUGGAGCUGAGUUGCUGUAAAUACCCGCCAGUCAAUGAACUGCAGCAACACUGGCUGGACAACAAGAAGCCACUUGUACAAUACCUGAUGCAGGUUCACAUUGGAAUUAAAGGGAGAGUCUUUGACACUAAUGGAAACCCCAUAAAAGGAGCUUCAGUCCGCAUAAAGGGACGUGAUAAUAUUCUGCCAUACAACGCUACUGCAGAGGGUGAAUAUUAUCGGCUUCUCCUGACAGGACAAUACACCAUCCUGGGGAUUAGCCACAGCUUUGCCUGGAAAAGCCAUAAAUAUAUAACUUCUGUUUGCCUUCAAAGAAGCAGGAGAAGAUCUGAUAGACCUGCACAGUUUCCAACCUCCAUCUUAAAGACUGGUUAAACAAGUGACUUGUUUCUUAUU